AUGUGGCGCGGACUCCUCCUCUGCCUCUCGCUGGCGCGCGUUGUGCGCACGAAGCCCGCCGCUGCGCGCUCCUUUUACGCGCUGCGCUCGGAGCUCUCCGAGGACGCCAUCCUCGUGGCCAACAACGGGAUUCGCGUCCCCUUCGGCAGGUCCGUGUCCCUCGACCCGGUCAACGACCUGGUGGUCCAGACGCGGCCGGGGGACCGCUGCAGCGUCACCGUCCUGGACAGCGACCCCCUCUCGCAGCGGCCGGGACGCCUCACCCCCAAGAAGUUCCCGUGCGAGUUUGGCCACGAUGACGUCACCUACACCCACUACGGCUCCCGGAGUCCGGCGCGGGACCGCGUGAGGCUGCAGCUGCGUUACGACGCGCGCACCGAGACCGUGGUCAUCCCUUUCGUGAUGGAGGUGGAGGUGGUUUUUACGCAGCUGGAGCUCCUCACCAAGAACAUGCCUCUCACCGUGGACCACCUGAGGGGCACCAGCAACCCCAUCGACAAGAGGAUGGUGGACUUCACCUACGACCAGGACUUGUACAGGUGCGGGGUGGUGUCCCUGUCCAGUGGGAAUAUGCUGCCCCGCUACGGUCGACUUCUAGAUGGCGGCAAACUGUCCCGGAACCUAGACUGUGAGGAGUUCACCCGCGCCGACAUCCGCUACCAGCACACGUGCGAGCACGCCUCGCCCAACCGGGACCGCGUUCCCAUGGCGGUGGAGCUCCACGACAAGGAGGGCAAUCUAGUCAAGCGGGAGCACUUCCACUUGACGGUGCGCAUCCGAGGCGGGCGAGAGAACUCGGCGCCCAGGCCGAGCUUCGGGGCCAUGAUGAUGAUGGAGGUGAGCCAGUUCGUCAUGACCGCGCUCACGCCCGACAUGAUCGCCGCCGACGACGCCGAGUCCGACCCGGGCGAGCUGGUCUUCAACGUCACCUCGCCGCUGUCUUACGACGAGGGCUACAUCGUCAGCACCGACGACCAGAACCUGCCCAUCGCCUCUUUCUACCAGAGGGACCUGCAGGACCUGAAAAUAGCCUACAAGCCGCCCUCCCUGGACUCGGAGACCGAGAGGAUUUUCCAGCUUGAGUUCGAGGUCGUGGACCCAGAGGGGGCUGUCUCGGACCCCUUUGCGUUCAUGAUCGUGGUGAAACCCAUGAACUCUUUGGCACCGGUGGUGACCCGGAACGUGGGCCAGCUGCUGUACGAGGGCCAGUCCCGGCCCCUCCUCAGCGGACGCAACCUUGAGAUCAGCGACGAGGACAACCUGGACAUGGUGGCCAUAACGGUGGUGGACGGGCUGCGCCACGGCGCCCUGCUGGUGCUGGGGUCUCGUAGGAAAACCUUCACCCCCGACGACCUGACAGCCGGGGUGGUCGUGUACCAGCACGACGGCAGCGACACGUACAGCGACAACAUCGUGUUCAAGAUGACGGACGGCAAACACGAUGUGGAGUUCCUCUUCCCCAUCACCGUGGUCCCCACUGACGACGAGCCCCCCAUCGUCAACGCCAACACCGGCAUGGUCCUGUUCAAACACCAUCUGAUGCCCCUGUCUCCCCUCACGCUGAGCGCCGCCGACAUCGACUCUGAGGACUCCACCAUUAAAUUCACCCUCGUCCCCCCCUUUUCCACAAUCGGCACCGUCCUUCUGAGGCAGUCCGACGCCCCGGAGGACCCCUCCUCCUGGAAGUUCAACUCCGAGGACGAGGUCUACGAGAAGGAGGUGCGGGAGUGGCUGCAGAGAGACAUCACCGACGGGAAGGUCUUUUACAAGCACAUAGGACCUCACAUCACUGACACAGUCAUGGACCAGUUUGUCUUCACAGUCCGGGAUGACAACGACCCACCCAACGAGUCAGGCGAGGCUACGUUUACAGUCCGUGUUUUGCCCAUAGAUGACGUUCCCCCCGAGCUGUACCCGGGGACCACCCUGCAGAUGACUGUGGAGGAGUACAAGCUGACUCAGUUCAGCAAGGACGUCCUGCGGUACACUGAUUUGGACUCAGAGGACCGUGACCUUAAAUACACGGUCAUCCAGCCUCCGACUGAUACCGACGAGAACAGCCCGCUCGUUUUUGGUUAUUUGGUUCUGACAGACAGCCCCGACACUGAGGUGACCGAGUUCACACAAGCUCAGCUGAAUCACCACAAGAUCGCCUACAGCCCCCCAGACAUCGAGCUGGGCAUCACCGCCCACGUGGUGCAGUUCCGCUACAGCGUGGAGGACACGGCGGGGAACAGUGCGGAGGGGUCUUUCACCAUCCACCUCCAGCCUGUCAACAACAAGCCCCCCCAGAUUACAAACACAGGCCUCACUUUGUCCGAGGGCAGCAUCCACAUCGUCACCAUCGCUGAGCUGGACGCCUGGGACGCCGACACCGAGGGACAAAUGAUCACGUUCACGCUCAGUCAGCCGCCCAAACACGGACACCUGCAGGUGGCGUUCACAGACUUGGACAAAGAAGCAGUUUUCGGUCUUGAGGACCUUUCCCAAGGGAGGAUAUCGUACAGUCACAGCGGCGAGGAAACGACCAGCGACGACUUCCAGCUGGACGUCAGCGACGGCUUCCAUAUUGUAACCGUGACGGUCAAAGUCCACGUGAAGCCUGUGGACGACGAAACGCCGGUGCUCAGUCUGCCCGCGGGAACGAUCGGCUCUCACCUGGACGUGCUGGAAAACGGCGCCGCAGAAAUCACGACUCACGUCAUCCAAGGCCGCGAUGACGACACCGAUGACCUCCAGCUGACCUUCAUCUUGGAGGACCCUCCAGCCAUUGGUGAGGUUUUGGUGAAAGGAGUGCCCGCCAGUAGAUUCACGCAGGCCGACCUCAUCAACGGCCUGGUGGUCUACGCUCACACCGGCGGCGAGGUAGGCCUCACAUCCCAGCAGGACGGCUUCAACUUGACCCUCACAGACAUGUCAGAUGAUUGGACUGUGGGGGGGAAUAAGGUCAACGGGGUCCAGGUAUGGGUCACCAUCCUACCAGUGGACAGCCAAACACCUGAAGUUGGAGUCGGGGUGCAGUUCAGCGUCAUUGAAGGGGACAAAAACGCUAUCGGCCCUCAGCACCUGAACGCAUACGACGCCGACACCCCCGUGGAAGAUGUCCUCUGCAUCAUCGUAGUCCAGCCCACUGCUGGCUACGUGGAGAAUAUAUCACCUGCACCCGGGUCUGAAAAGUCCAGGUCCGGUACGGCCAUCAGUGCUUUCACCAUCGGAGACAUCAGGGAAGGAAAUAUCUACUACGUGCAGAGCAUCCACAAAGGUGUUGAACCAGUAGAAGACAGGUUCACCUUCAGGUGCUCGGAUGGAAUCAACUUCUCAGAGAACCUCUUCUUCCCCAUCCUCGUCAUUCCCACCAACGACGAGAAGCCGGAGCUCUACUUGAGGGAGAUCGUCGUGAUGGAGGGGACGAACAUCGUCCUCGAUACUCCCAUCGUGAAUGGAGGCGAUGCUGACGUCCCAGCCGAGGAACUGAUGUUCAUCAUCUCCAGACCUCCUAAACACGGCGUGGUUUUAAACCAGCUGCCCACGGGUUCAGUCCCGGCGACUAACUUCACGCUGGAGGACAUCAGAGAGGCGUCCAGUAUUAUCUACGAACACGACGACUCGGAGACGACGGAGGACAGCUUUGACGUCACGUUGACUGACGGGAAGUUCUCGGUGCGGAAAACCGCCCUGGUGAUGAUCAUCCCCGUUGACGAUGAGACGCCCAGGAUACAAAUCAAUGACGGCUUGGAGGUGGAAAUCGGUGAGUCCAAAGACAUCGACGACAAAGUCCUAAGCGCGACGGAUUUAGAUUCGGAGGACAGUGCUCUCACUUACAUCAUUCGCUUCGGGCCGGGUCAGGGCCUGCUUCAGAGGAGGACUCCCCUCGGGUCGGAGAACAUUACCCUGGGCAUGAACUUCACCCAAGCAGAGAUCGACGCAGGGUUGAUAUUCUACACGCACAACGGGCAGGAGGGCAUCCGAGACCUGGUCAAGUUUGACGUGACGGACGGAAUCAACCCGCUGAUUGAUCGCUACUUCUACGUCAGCGUGGGCAGCAUCGACGCGGUCUUCCCUCACGUGGUCAGCAAGGGUGUGUCCCUGAAAGAAGGUGGUCGCGUCACCCUGACCACGGAUCUCCUCAGCACCACCGACCUCAAUAGCCCGGACGAGAACCUGGUCUUCACCGUCACCAGGGCGCCUGUCAGAGGGCACCUGGAGUGCACGGACUACCCCGGGGUGCCCAUCGUGUCCUUCACGCAACUCCAACUCGCCGGCAGCAAAGUCUACUACAUCCACACCGCAGACGACGAGCAGAAAAUGGACAGUUUUGAAUUUGAAGUGACCGACGGCUACAAUCCCAUUUUCCGGACUUUCAGGAUCUCCAUCCUGGAUGUUGACAACAAGAAGCCGGUGGUGACCAUCAACGGUCUGCAGAUCACAGAAGGACACAGUAAGCUCAUCACGCCCUUUGAGCUCACAGCAGAGGACCAAGAUACCGCUGAGAAGCUGCUCAAGUUUACCAUCACCCAGCCCCCCGUGCACGGAAAAGUCCUCUUUAACCAGUCCAGCCCAGUCAGCACCUUCACCAAACAGGACCUAAACGAAAACCUGAUCAGCUACAAACACGACGGCACCGAGUCCUCCGAGGACUCCUUCUCCUUCACCGUGACCGACGGCACGCACUCGGACUUCUACGUCUUCCCAGACACGGUUUUUGAGACUCGACGCCCACAGACCUUGAAGAUCACCAUCGUGGCCCUCGAGGGCGGCGCCCCCCGGAUGGUGGUCAACAAGGGGGCUACCACCUUGAGGACCCUGACCACCGGUCAGCUGGGAUUCCGCAUCAACUCCAAACACCUGAGGGCCGAGGACCGGCACAGCAGUCCGGCCUCGCUGGCGUUCCAUGUCACGGCGCCGCCCAAACACGGGUACAUCGUCCACCUGGGCCGGGGGAACAACUCCGUGGAAAGCUUCAGUCAAGCCGACAUCGACGACCUGAACAUCUGCUACGUGCUGUGCGGGGAAGAAAACGCCACGUCGGACAUCUUUCACUUCACCGUGGAGGACGAGGGUGCUAACAAGCUGAAGGAGCAGCGUUUCCAUCUGGACUGGUCGUGGAUCUCCCUGCAGAAGGACCACUACGUGGUGGACGAGGAGGACCAGUUCCUGGAGGUGGUCCUGAGGCGGAGAGGAUACCUUGGCGAGACCUCCUUCGUCGGCAUCAACACGCGGGACAACAGCGCCAAGAAGGACCAGGACUUCAGGGGGAAGUCCCAGAGACAGGUCCAGUUCAGUCCAGGUCAGACCAGGGCCACCUGGCAGGUCCACAUCCUGGAUGAUGGACAGUACGAGCAGUCCGAGACCUUCCAGGUGCUUCUGUCUGACCCUGUCAUGGCGGCACUGGAGCUUCCUGCCGCGGCAACGGUGGACAUCUUGGAUCCCAGCGAUGAGUCCACCGUCUUCUUCCCGGUGCCGCUAAUGUCGGUGGAGGAGGACGUCGGCCGUCUGUCCAUCCCGGUCCAUCGCAGCGGGGACGUCAGCGAGGAGCUCCUGGUGCUCUGCUACACUCAGCAAGGUUCCGCCACGGGCACGGACGCCGGCAGCGUCCUGUCCUACUCGGACUACAUCUCGCGGCCCGAGGAGCACGCCAGCCUGCUGCGCUUCCACCGGGGCGAGCGGGAGAAGUCGUGCGGCGUGGUGGUCAUCGACGACUCGCUGCACGAGGGCCCGGAGCACUUCAACGUCAGCCUCUCCUCGCCCGUGGGGGGCCGCCUGGGCCCCCGACACCCCUCUGCCACCGUCGCCAUCCUGGAGGACAGAGACGACGCUCCAGUCUUUUACUUUGGCGAGCAGGCGCAUCACGUGGACGAGAGCGCGGGUCACGUGGACGUCAAAGUGUGGCGCACCGGCACCGACCUCUCCAAGGCCGCCAGCGUCACCGUUCGCUCUCGCAAAUCCGAGCCCGCCUCCGCGGAAGCCGGCGUGGACUACGUGGGCGUCAGUCGCAACCUGGACUUCGCUCCGGGCGUCAGCGUGCUAACGUUCAGGGUCAACCUCCUGGAUGACCUGGGACAGCCCGAGCUGGAGGGGCCAGAGACCUUCGACCUGGUCCUGAGUAUGCCGACCAACGGCAUCCUGGGAGAACCCAGGAAGGUGACGGUCUUCAUCGACGACUCCGUGUCAGACUUGCCGAAGGUUCAGUUCCGUGAGGCAGCGCACUCGGUCCAGGAGCACGAAGGCCGACUGGCGGCCGUGGUGCUUCGCAGCGGUGACCUCCGGCGGCGCUCCAGCGUGCGCUGCUACACCCGCCAGGGGUCGGCCCAGGUGGUCUCGGACUUUGAGGAGCGUCCCAACACCGACGCCUCGAUCCUCACCUUCCUGCCCGGUGAGAUGGAGAAGGUGUGCGCGGUGUCGCUGGUGGACGACUCGCUCUACGAGGACCCGGAGGACCUUCGCCUGGUCCUGGGGAGCCCGGAGAGCGACUCCGGGUUCGGGGCGGCACUGGGGACCCUGAAGGAGACGGUGGUCAAAAUCCAAGACGCCGCCGACAAACCCAUCAUCCGCUUCUCCGAGACCAAGGUCACCGUCAGCGAGCCCAAGGAGGCGGGCGCCGUGGCGACGGUGAGGAUCUCCUUGCUGCGGCUGGGCGACACCUCCCAGGUGUCCGUGGUGCGGGUGCACACCAAAGACGGUUCGGCCGUGUCGGGGGAGGACUACCACCCCGUGUCCCGAGACGUGGAGUUCAGGCGGGGUGACAAGGAGAAGGUGGUGCAGGUGGAGGUUUUGUACGAUGGUGUGCGGGAGAUGAGGGAAGCUUUCACGCUGCACCUGAAACCCGACGACAACAUGGUGGCUGAAACUCAGGUGACCAAAGUGAUGGUCUACAUCGAGGAGGCCACCAGCAUGGCCGACGUCACCUUCCCGUCUUUGCCCCGCGUGGUCUCGCUGCUCCACUACGACCACCACGCCCGCCCACCGGGUGGCGCUCACCCGCCUGCUGGCUACCCUGUGGUCUGUGUGACGGCCUGCAGCAGCAGACACGUGGACUACAGCAAGACCGCCUCCAUCUGCGUCAGCGAGCGCAUCGACGACACCUUGACCAGGUACCGCUGGCUGGUCAGCGCCCCUGCCGGACCCCACGGCGUCACCAGCCCCAUGAAGGAGGUGGACUUGGACACCUUCUUCACCUCCUCCAAGACCAUCACGCUGGACUCGGUCUACUUUCGCGCCGGCUCCCGGGUCCAGUGCGCCGCCAGGGCGGUGAACUCGGACGGGGACGAAGGGCUGGAGCUGAUCAGCCCCGUGGUCACCAUCAGCCAGGAGGACGGAAUGUGUCAGCCGCGCAAGAUGGGGGUCGUGGGGGCGGAGCCUUUCUCCGCCAAGCUGCGCUACACUGGAGCGGACGACCCCGAGCACCCAAACCUGAUCCGAGUCAGCGUCAGCAUGCCACACAUGGACGGCAUGCUUCCGGUCAUUUCCACCCGGCCCCUCACGAACUUUGACCUGACUCUCAGCCCGGACGGAACCCGUGUGGGGAACCACCGCUGCUCCAACCUGCUGGAUUAUAGCGAGGUCGCCACAGGUCACGGCUUCAUCACGGCGGCCACGCGCAACCCAGAGACCGCGGGCAACUCGGCGCCCUACCAGUACAGCGCCCCCCUGAGGGGGAACGCCACACUGCGCUUUUACAGGAACCUCAACCUGGAGGCCUGCCUGUGGGAGUUCACCACCUUCUACCACAUGUCUGAACUACUCUCUGACUGUGGAGGCACCAUCACCACUGAUGGACAGGUCCUGAACCUGGUCCAGUCCUACGUGACGCUGCGCGUCCCCCUCCACGUGUCCUACGUCUUCCACUCGCCCGCGGGCGCCGGCGGCUGGCAGCACUUUGACCUCCAGUCGGAGCUGCGCCUCACCUUCGUGUACGACACCGCCAUCCUGUGGCGGGACGGCGUGGGCAGCCCCCCUCAGGCCGAGCUCCAGGGUGCGUUGUACCCCACCAGCAUGCGCAUCAACCGGCAAGGACGCCUGGUGGUCCACUUCCGCACCAAAGCCCGCUUCAGGGGUCUGUUCGUCCCGUCUCACUCCGGGGGGAGGGUCCAGACAUCAGGGAGCCCCGUGUCCUCCACGGUGGUGAGCCCGGACCACCCGGGUCUGACCUUCAACCUCACCCUGGUGCGGAGCGAGCCCGGCUACAACCAGCCGGUGCAGCAGUGGACCUUCACCUCGGACUUUGCCGUCCGAGACUACUCGGGGACGUACGCCGUCAAGCUGGUCCCCUGCACCGCCGCCCGCCACGCCGAGUACUCGCUCCCGCCCGUGUGCAGUCCCGGGGAGCCCGUGGCCUUCGACCUGGACAUCCGCUUCCAGCAAGUGAGCGACCCGGUGGCGGUGGAGUUCAGUCUGAACACUCGGAUGUUGUUGCUGUCCAGGAGGAGCUCGUGGCUCUCGGACGGCUCGGCGGGCUUCGGCCAGGAGAGCGACGUGGCCUUUUCUGAGGGUGACACCAUCUUUGGCCGCGUCAUGGUGGACCCCGUGCAGAACCUGGGAGAGUCCUUCCUCUGCAGCAUCGAGAAGGUCUUCCUGUGCACGGGAGCCGACGGCUACGUUCCCAAGUUCGAUCCCACGCGCUCCGAGUUCGGCUGCCUGGCCGACUCGCCCUCCCUGCUCUACAGGUUCAAAAUCCUGGACAAGGCUCAGCCCGAGACCCAGGCGCGGGUGUUCGGGGACGUGGACUUUAGCGCCAUGCUCGCCAUGGACGACGCCUCGGCCCUGCCGCUGGUCCGGCAGCCCGGCUCGGACGGGUUCAAGCUGGACUCCAGGGCCAUGUUCCAGGUGGCGUCGGGUCGCGAGUGGUACAUUCACACCAUCUACACCGUCCGCUCCAAGGACAACGCCAACCGAGGGAUCGGGAAGCGCAGCCUGGAACGCCAGUCCUUUGCGUCCGCGGGCGGAGGCGGCGAUCGGGCCAGGAGGUCAGUCGGCCAGCAGGUCCCGGAGGUCGCCACGGACAUCGGCGGCGGCAACAACCGCGGCACCAACAUCAUGCACGUGGCGCUGGACCGCAGCGAGCGACGGAAACUGGGGGGAGAGGAGGUGCCGGCGCUCGGGGCGGAGCCGAGCGGCGACGAGGGCGCGGUGACGGUGGCGGGCGCGCUGGUGGGCGUGAUGCUGGCGGCGCUGGCGGGCGCCGCGCUGACGCUGGCGCUCCGCUCCAGGCAGAAGGACGGGUGUCGGGAGGCGGUCAAGGUCUCCGUCAGCGCCGAGCCCAUGCUGGUGGUCCGCAUGCAGGACUGCCGCCACAGCUCCGAGGUGUAGGCCGGCAGGAACACAUUUUAUACCACUUUUUACCGCCUCUCUUUCACCGACACUGCAAUGGCGACUGGUGGCGUCCGACUUGUGACUUCCGGUGCCUGAAGACGCCAACACGUCCCCUCCGGGACCUCGUCACGGGAUUUCUCCUCACCUUUUUUUUUUGUUGACUUCUUUUUCUCUCCUCUGGGAUGAAAUUUAGAGCAAAUAUCUUUCACUUUUGUACUCAGAAGUGCCGUAAUGACUCCUACUGGCCACUUCAUUAGGUACACCCAUGCGGAAAAUAUCUUCACUUUUCAUUUGUACUGUUGGUCAUGGUGUGCGAUAUCAUGUGCGAUACGAGCAGUUGUGUCCAAUUGUGUGCGAUAUCGUGUGAUUCGAACAGUCGUGGUCACUUGUGUGCGAUCAGGCAGUUGUGUUAAUUUGUUUGCAAUGUAAUGUGCGAUGCGAGCAGUCGUGGUCACUCGUGUGCGAUACGAGCAGCCGUGGUCACUCGUGUGCGAUAUCAUGUGCGAUAUGAGCAGCCGUGUUCACUUGUGUGCGAUAUCAUGGGUGAUGCGAGCAGUCGUGUCCACUUGUGUGCGAUACGAGCAGUCGUGUUCACUUAUGUGCGAUACGAGCAGUUGUGUUCACUUGUGUGCGAUGUCAUGCGCUUUACGAGCAGUCGUGUUCACUCGUGUGCGAUAGCAUGUGCGAUACGAGCAGUCGUGUCCACUUGUGUGCGAUACGAGCAGUCGAGUUCACUUGUUUGCAAUUUCAUGUGCGAUACGACCAGUUGUGUUCACUUGUGUGCGAUGUCAUGCGCUUUACGAGCAGUCGAGUUCACUCGUGUGCGAUAUCAUGUGCGAUACCAGCAGUUGUGUCCAUUUGUGUGCGAUAUUCUGUGCAACACGAGCAGUCAUGUUCAAUCGUGUGCGAUAUCGUGUGAUACGAGCAGUCGUGUUCACUUGUGUGCGAUCAGGCAGUUGUGUUAAUUUGUUUGCAAUAUAAUGUGCGAUGCGAGCAGCCGUGGUCACUCGUGUGCGAUAUCAUGUGCGAUACGAGCAGCCGUGUUCACUCGUGUGUGAUACGAGCAGUCGUGUCCACUUGUGUGCGAUACGAGCAGUCGUGUUCACUCGUGUGCGGUACGAGCAUUCGUGUUAACUCGUGUGCGAUAUCAUGUGUGAUACGAGCAGUCGUGUUCACUUGUGUGCGAAAUCGUGCGAUUCGAACAGUCGUGGUCACUUGUGUGCGAUCAGGCAGUCGUGUUCACUUGUUUGCAAUAUAAUGUGCGAUGCGAGCAGUCGUGGUCACUCGUGUGCAAUACGAGCAGCCGUGUUCACUCGUGUGCGAUAUCAUGUGCGAUAUGAGCAGCCGUGUUCACUCGUGUGCGAUAUCAUGUGCAAUACCAGCAGUUGUGUUCACUUGUGUGCGAUAUCAUGUGCGAUAUGAGCAGCCGUGUUCACUCGUGUGAGAUAUCAUGUGUUAUGCGAGCAGUCGUGUCCACUUGUGUGCGAUAGGAGCAGUCGUGUUCACUUAUGUGCGAUACAAGCAGUUGUGUUCACUUGUGUGCGAUGUCGUGUGCGAUACGGGCAGUCGUGUUCAUUUGUGUGUGAAAUCGUGCGAUUCGAGCUGUCGUGUUCACUUGUUUGCAAUCAGGCAGUCGUGUUCAUUUGUUUGCAAUAUAAUGUGCAAUGCGAGCAGUCGUGGUCACUCGUGUGCGAUACGAGCAGCCGUGUUAACUCGUGUGCGAUAUCAUGUGCGAUAUGAGAAGCCGUGUUCACUUGUGUGCGAUAUCAUGUGGGAUAUGAGCAGCCGUGUUCACUCGUAUGCGAUAUCAUGUGUGAUGCGAGCAGUCGUGUCCACUUGUGUGCGAUACGAGCAGUCGUGUUCACUUAUGUGCGAUAUGAGCAGUUGAGUUCACUUGUGUGCAAUAUCAUUUGCCAUACGAGCAGUCGUGUUCACUCGUGUGCGAUACCAUGUGCGAUACGAGCAGUCGUGUCCACUUGUGUGCUAUACGAGCAGUCGCGUUCACUUGUUUGCAAUUUCAUGUGCGAUAUGAGCAGCCGUGUUCACUUGUUUGCAAUUUCAUGUGCGAUAUGAGCAGUCGUGUUCACUUGUGUGCGAUAUAAUGUGCGAUACAAGCAGUCGUGUUCAGUUUUGUGCGAUAUCAUGCGUGAUACGAACAGUCGUGUUCACUUGUGUGCGAAAUCAUGUGCGAUACGAGCAAUCGUGUCCACUUGUGUGCAAUACGAGCAGUCGUUUUCACUUGUUUGCGAUUUCAUGUGCGAUACGAGCAGUCGUGUUCACUCGUGUGCGGUAUCAUGUGCGAUACGAGCAGCCGUGUUCACUCGUGUGCGAUAUCAUGUGCGAUACGAGCAGUCGUGUUCACUUGUGUGCGAAAUCAUGUGCGAUACGAGCAGUCGUGUCCACUUGUGUGCGAUACGAGCAAUUGUGUUCACUUGUUUGCAAUUACAUGUGCGAUACGAACAGUCGUGGUCACUUGUGUGCGACAUCAUGUGCGGUACGACCAGUCGUGUGCGGUAUCGUGCAAUGUGAGCAGUCGUGUUCACUUGUGUGCGAUAUCAUGUGCGAUACGAGCAGUCAUGUUCACAUCGUGUGCGGUAUCAUAUGCCAAAGGAGCAGUCGUGCUUGCUUGUGUGCAAUAUCAUGUGCAAUACGAGCAGUCGUGUUCACUCGUGUGUGAUAUCAUGUACAACACGAGCAGUCGUGUUCACUCGUGUGUGAUAUAAUUUGCAACACAAGCAGUCAUGUUGACUCGUGUGCGAUACGAGGAGUUGUGUUCAAUUGUUUGCAAUUUCAUAAGCAAUACAAACAGUCGUGGUCACUUGUGUGCGAUAUCAUGUGCGGUACGAGCAGCCGUGUGCGGUAUCGUGCAAUGAGAGCAGUCGUGUCCACAUGUGUGCGAUAUCAUGUGCGGUACGAGCAGCCGUGUGCGAUAUCAUGUGCAAUGUGAGCAGUCGUGUUCACUUGUGUGCGAUAUAAUGUGCGAUACGAGCAGUCGUGUUCACAUCGUGUGCGGUAUCAUAUGCCAAAGGAGCAGUCGUGCUUGCUUGUGUGCGAUAUCAUGUGCAACACGAGCAGUCGUGUUCACUCGUGUGUGAUAUCAUGUGCAACACGAGCAGUCGUGUUCACUCGUCUGUGUUAUCAUGUGCGAUACGAGCUGUCGUGUCCACUUGUGUGCGAUACGAGCAAUCGUGUUCACUUGUUUGCAAUUACAUGUGCGAUACGAACAGUCAUGGUCACUUGUGUGCGAUAUCAUGUGCAGUACGAACAGCCGUGUGCGAUAUCAUGUGUAAUGUGAGCAGUCGUGUUCACUUGUGUGCGAUAUCAUGUGCGAUACGAGCAGUCAUGUUCACAUCGUGUCCGGUAUCACAUGCCAAACGAGCAGUCGUGCUUGCUCGUGUGCGAUAUCAUGUGCAACACGAGCAGUCAUGUUCACUCGUGUGCGAUGUCAUGCGCGAUACGAGCUGUCGUGUUCACUUGUGUGCGAUAUCAUGUGCGAUACAACCAUUUUUACUUGUGUGCGAUACAGUGUGCGGCACGACCAGUCGCGUGCGUUUGUGUGUUGGAUAUCAUGAGCUCAACUUCACGAAUUGAGCUGCUCUGUGUGGAAUUUAAUCGUUCAUUCAGCCGAUGUUGACGUUUUUGUGUAUUUUUUUUGUCUGUUUACUACUUUUGUGUUUUUAUUGUGUUGUGUGAUAGUAUCAAUGUUUCACUUCUUAUCUUCAACGCACGCGCUGUGUGUUUGUCACUAGAACAUUCCAACGACGCACAUAAUAAUCAUGUUGUUUACCUGCUGAUGACAACACAACCAAACUAUGCAACGCAACAACACAAACUUGAUAUCACUUUGUGUACUUAUGAUUUUUUUUUUUUUUUUUUUUUGUACAUGCAUUUGAUGGAAUGGAUGUUGCUAAUAAUGGAUAACAUUUAUAAAGUAAUUUGUAAACAGUAUAGAAGAAAUACAGAAUAUGUAUGAGAAAGCAUUUUUUUUUAGGUUGUAAUAAACAUAAAACAUUUGGGAAAAAUGUUUUUAAAGGCCUCCUGAAAUGAGAUUUACUUAUUUAAAGGCCUACUGAAACCCACGCAGUCUGAUAGUUUAUAUAUCAAUGAUGAAAUAUUAACAUUGCAACACAUGCCAAUACGGCCUUUUUAGUUUACUAAAUUACAAUUUUUAUUCUGGACAUCUGUGUUGCUGAAUCUUUUGCAAUUUGUUCGAUUAAUAAUGGAGACGUCAAAGAAGAAAGAUGUAAGUGGGAAGCGGUGUAUUGCGGCCGCCUUUAGCAACACAAACACAGCCGGUGUUUCCUUGUUUACAUUCCCGAAGGUGAAGCUUUACUAUGGAACAGAGCGGUC